AGUUUUCUCUCCGCUGCUGCUGAUGAUGAAGAUGAUGAUGAUGGUGAACGGUGUGUUUGCUCUGCUCUUCGUCCUGCUCUCUGCUCUCUCCGUCAGCGCGGAGGUUCUGCCGCCCGCAGACUUCGACAUCAAGGGGAUGACAGGGAAAUGGCACCUGAUCGGGUUUGCGACCAACGCUGAGUGGUUCGUCAGCCGUAAGGCCAACAUGAAGAUGGGCAUCGCCAUGGUGACGCCAACUGAGGAAGGAGACCUGGACAUGGCAUACUCCAGUCUCAAUCCUGAUGGCACAUGCUGGAGAAUGAACUAUCUGGCUCAGAAGACCGAUAUUCCUGGAAAAUUCAGCUUCCACACUGAACGCUCUGGAACUGACAAUGACAUGCGCAUUGCUGAUGUGAAGUAUGAUGAAUUUGCUUUGAUUCACACCAUCAAGAUGAAGGACGGCUCCAGCACACUGCUCAACAAACUCUACGGCCGAACAACAGACCUAAGUCAGGACGUCCUGGAUAAAUUCACAGAAUUCUCUCUUGAGCAAGGGAUUCUGCCUGAAAACAUUGCCAUCCUUCCUAAAAAUGACGAGUGUCCUUGAUGUGCUGAUCUGAAGAUCUUCUGAUUGAUUAUGACUGUAGUGAAUCAUUUAAAGUGCCUCUCUAGUGUUUUACACUCUUACUAUCAGUCCUAUUACCCUCUGAAAGUUCUUCUUAUCAUUUCUGACCUCUUCUUCAUGGGUUUGGACCAAUAAACUCUUUUGUGAAUCUC